UCCGGUUUCUGCACGUUGCCUCUUCCUCACCACCAACAAGCCUCUGCUGAGCUGUGAAACAGAAAAUUAUCAUCAUGCCGAAAGCCAAGAAGUCAUCGAAGAGAAAGAAGUUUGAUUACACUCAAGACCGGAAGAAGAUGAAGAAACAGUUCAUGAAGAAAUACAACCCGAGGAUAGAAAAUUCACAGAUCCGAAAUGCGUGGGACAACAAGAAGUCCACGGCCAGGAACCUGCAGGAGAUGGGUCUGGCUUUCGAUCCAAACAGCACGCUGCCAAUAAAGAAAGCGCGGCUCCUCGGUGAAGAGAGGGAGGCCAAAGCAUCUGUCUGCACCGUGACCAAGCCCUACGUUCUCAAUCAGCUGGAGGAGGAGGCCAGCCGUCCAGAGAAAGACUCGAAGACGCUAUCCUCCGACCUGAUCGAGUACGCUCAGUACAUGAUCCGAGAACACAACGACAACUUCAAGGCGAUGGCCAGGGAUGAGAAGAACUAUUACCAAGACACACCCAAACAGAUCAAGAGGAAAAUAAACGAGUAUAAGCGCUGCCACCCGGAGCACUAUAAUGCCUUCAUCAACUCACUAGCUGCUCCACAGCCGACGGUCCAGUAGAGGCAUUGUCCACCAGUGUCUGGACUUUAUAUGAUUCUCUGUAUCAGGAUCUCAUUCUGGAAAGACUGUCAGCAGUGCAAACAGGACAGAAGUCCAGUGUGAGGACAGCGGAUCCACCACCAAUAAUCAUAAUAACCAACAGUGACAGGAAGUGGAGAUGUCCUGGAGCGCUGAGAGACAAGCACUACUUCUGUGUCUUGUUAAGGAACUCUCUGCUAGUUUCCUUCCUGUCGAGAUUUCCUGUUUUUAUUUUUCCCCAUUUUGUUUGUUGUUGUUGUUGAUCUCAUCUGUGUGUCCUGUGUUCUGAAUAUCAAACGUGAUUGACUGAGAUGUAUUUUUAAUGUAUCAUUUAAAUACCUUGAAGCUCAUUUUGCAGAUGUGUUUUUUUCUUUCUCCGGGAUGAAAAGUAUCCUGGCAUACACAUUGGGGAGUUCUCUGAUGUUUCCAACUUUUUCAUGUUUUCCUGAUCAGCACACACAACAUUUAAGAUCUUCAGUUAAAGCAUCGGAUGUUGAUGUCUUAAAGGAAACUCUGCAGCAUCAUGGUUUAAACUGCACCGGGGAUGCAUAUAGUUUGUGCUGAAAACAUGUUUCCAGCUGCAUUAGAACACAGAUGAUAUCAUUGAUCACACGGUUAACCAAUUGACUCAGUUUGCGUCAAAGAUUUUGUAACAGUGAGAUUAGAAUAACAUGGUUUAGGUCAGACUCUGAGAGUAUGAAAGCCUGUUUUAUUUCCAGUUUAAUAUGUCACUGCGGAUUGUAAAAAUUGUGCACACACUUUUAUUUUCAACUUUUGGCUUAAACUCACUGAGGGUACAUUUUGUUGCUAUAAAAAAGAGCCAGCAGGAGAAAAAAACAUCCCUUUCUACAGUUAUUAAAACUGUUUUUCUUGAAUUUAAAAGAAUGCAGAUGCAAUGUAGACUUUAUUACAUGCUAAUUGAAGCCUUUGUGGAAGAAUUUGAGGUUGUAAAUGUGCUGUAACUCUUGUAAAAUAGUGUUCUCAGAAUGUUUUUGGUUCUAAGUAACCAUAGCCAGAGUAAAAGAGUAGGGUCUUAAAACAGGUUGCUAUAAAAAUGUGCUCAGUUGGGAUGUUCUUGAAUGAUUGGCAUUGGAUUACAGUACUCAAAUACAAAACAGAUCAUGCUCAGUGUCUUUUGGAGUGUCUGAAAGAGUCAAAAUUGUCCACUCAAUCAGUGGAGACAGAAGUGCAGAUAAACAGGACGACAUUGGGGAGAGAGUGAGAAAUAGCUUUUGAAAUCAACAAGAAAUAUUGUUAGCAUUAGAGUCACUGAAGAAAGGAUGUGGAGACAGAUUACCUCCUGGAAAAUACAUGAGGAUUUGAAAGAUCAGUCUGGUGUUAUUAGGCAUUUGUCUUAUUUUCAAGAAAUCCCACAAAAGAACCAAAACCAAAAUUGUGUUUGUCUGUCUCUCAAUACUUCUGUACUCUCUGGCUCUCAGCUCCAAGCCUAUUGAUUUCCACCGAAGAUGUAAAUCUUCAAAAUGUCUUACAAAUAUUCAGUUCAUUUCUAUGAAAAGGCUCAGCAAUUUCCAUAAACAGCUGGUCACUGUAUUUAUUUAAUCAAACUGUCAAACAGGAGGAAAUGGUGCAUUUCUUUGGGACUAUUUUACUACACAUUUUGUGUUCUACUGCAGUGGUAUCAAACCUCUUUGGCUUAUGACCCAUUAAAAUGAGGGAAUGUCUAUAUUCGACACCCUCAGCACCAGUUGCGUAUAUCUGAGUCAAGCAUAAUGUGAAGGUUUUAUUGUUUUUGUGGCAUUAGUGUCAUGUAAGAGACCUAAAGUGUAAAAAUGGUCAAAUAAUUCAGAAGAGGUAAAGCAAAGAUUAGAGGAAAGUGUAUAAAAAAAUAAUUUCUAAAUAUUUUUCCUGACAUUCUCUUCUGUUGAUUAUCCUUCGACCCCUCAGAUUUAUUUUGCGACCCCUACUUAUUGCCCUUUUAAAGCUUUAGAACCACAUUUAUCUUUCAGAGUUGUGCAGCUCCCAGAGCUCAUAUUCCCACUACUCUAACCCUGAAUGUAUUUAUAAAUGUUUUAAAAUUCUCAUUAUUUACUUUUACAGUACUUAAUAUACAUUGGCUCAUUUAACCCUGUUGUCCUCCAUUUGCAGUUUCUAUCACUGCUGUGAGCAUUUGAUGGAAAUACACAAGCAGCUAUUAAUGUGGUGGCAUCACA